AUGGCCAGUGAAAUAGCAGGGGAAGCGGCCACCAUGCCCCUAACAAACGGGGUCCUCCAUCCUCCAUCAGAUGAGUCUGCAGCACCCUCGACGCCUGGAAAACGAAGGCGUGCCUCGACCCCCGCAGCAACCCCGACACAAGAGAAGAAAUCUACAGUGAAAACCAGUGAGGAGGACAAGGCGGAGCUAAAUACGAACUUGCGCUACAUUAUACAGAUUGCUGCUCAGGAUGAUGAGCAUCUAUCCGUUUUCAGUUCGUCCUUCGCACCAUCGUCGCCAUCGAAACCUCGCUCCAAACGCCCAAAGCUCUCGGCUGAAAGUUACAAUCUGGAUAGCAUCGAAUCCCGCGUCGCCGGAGGGCAAUACCUAUCCUAUCAAGGUUUUUUGAGUGACGUAGACCAAGCAUGCGCAGCUAUUUUCGAAAGACAGACUGCGGUUGAUAAUGAAGAUGUUUUGUCGGUGCAGACAAAAGUCGCUGCUCUCAAGCAUCGUUUGAAUGGCCUCGUCCAUCAAGCUUUGUCUCAGGGUUCUGCCCAAAUCAAAGUUGAACCUAUUUCAAAUGAAUCGCCCCGGGAUAUCACACGCCGCGACAGGAAAGUCUUGACCCUCUAUGGGGGAAGUUCUUCCAAUGCCAAACAACUAUUCUCUAGCUUACAGAAGCUCAAUGACACCGAGUCUGAAAGGUCCGCGACUUUUCCUGAAGACAGAUUGCCGAAUGGUAUCACAACUMCCCGAGCCAUUCCAUACAAUCUAGAAAUGGACGAGAAACCGGUCAAGACAUUCGGUGAAGUAUUUGCGCCGCGCUCAACGCUUGCUCAGCUAGAGCCUCCGCGUCGUGGUCGACCAUGGGCGAGAGAUCCCUCGAGCACAUGGAUUGAUGCAUUUGACGCCAUCACAGACUAUGAUAAUAUUCUAGGUCAAAAACACCACCAUUCAUUUGCCAAACUUCCAUCUGGCUACUGGCUGCAUUACGGUGGUGAUAGUGAAUCUCCCUCGUAUUGGGAUCGACGAGAGAAAGAUGAUGAAGGGGAAGCCAGCAGUCAGAAUGCUCGAUAUAUCAACGAAGAUACAGCUGUCAUCUACGGCGCUUAUUCUUCAUUUGCUCCUUCAUUUGAUAGUUCACAUUCCGUUAUGCAGUCAGAUGCCAAGAGCAGCAUGUGGUGGGCGAAGAGAGGCUCUAGGCGUUUCAAUGCGAUGUUGGCACUUCACAAAGCGGCUCGACUAGAUGAGGAUCAGCCACUUACUGGAAUCGACGAAACUACGUUAGAACAAGACGUCAAGUCAUUCAUUGAAAACGGUUCCCUCGAGGCCAAGUCGGAAGAAACGAGCGAGGCAGCUAUGGAUGAUAAAGAUGUUGAUGCGGUACUUCAAGACAUAUCUGAGCUCCUGCAGACUUUGAACUCUUUCCGUCGAAAUCGCAACUUAGAAUCACCAUCACAAGGUGAAUCAAAAACUGAUGACAACACUGGAACCCCGAUUUCUCCAUCUGCCGCAGAACUUGCUACAUACGAAACUUUGAAGGCGGGACUUGCAGCUAUCAUAUCAAAUUUACCUCCUUAUGCUGUUGCGAAAUUGAACGGAGACCAAUUGGCUGAGCUCAAUAUUAGUCAGAAGAUUCUGGUGGAGAUGCCGACCUAUAACGGAACCAUGGAAGAGGAUGACUAUUCACUGUUACAGAGACGAAUUGCUGCAACUGCGCCUGCUGCAACACCAUCGCGAACRGGGUCUUAUCAAGCCACUCCUGGGUACAAUCAACGCAUGUACUCUACAACAAAUGCCAGGCCUCAGCAACCAGCUGCUGGCCCACAGUACUAUCAGGGCCGUCAAUCGUCAUCUACGCCUUAUACUCCGGCAGCUAGUACCCCACAACAAAAUUAUGUCGGUCUUCGUCCGCAGGCCUCACCAUCCCAACGACCAAGCAAUGUUCCCACCUAUUCUCCCGGCCAAUACCAGCCUCAGCCAAGGGCUACACCAAAUGGCUACGCUCCUUAUAGCGCACAAUCGGCGCCUUCGCCGGGACCUGGUUAUCAACAAAAUCCUGCGUUCACUGCAGGAAGAAGUGCUUCUCCACAAAAGCCUCAAGGUUAUGCCACGCCACAGACCGCCGCACGUACAGCGUACCUGAACCCGGCACCAGGCAACGCUCAGCGUUAUUAUCCUCAGCAAACGGGGCCUUCACCUGCUGUGUACGCGAAUUACGCACCAUCGGCAACACAGACACCGGGACAAUAUGCCAUGUCUCCUAAUGUUGCAGCCGCUCAUUAUCGGACCGCGGCUGCGGAACAAGCUAUGGCUUUGGCAAGACACAAGGCUCAGUUUGAAGCUUCUCGUCAAGUAUCGGGUACCCCCAAUCCGCCACAGAGCAUUACGCAAGCCUCCUCACAAGCACGAAGCGAAAGCCCAGCUACGAAGCAGAGCGCAACUCCUACACCAGCCACGUGA